AGUCUGCCGAGAAAGAACGUUUGACGGAAAUCCCCGCUCUGUCGUCGACGGCGGAUGACGUACUUCCGGCGGCCGGUCGCGCGGGGUUUUUUGAGCGGCCCUGCCGUUGGUUGCCAUGACGACGGUGUAGAGGACUCCUUGAAGCCUUUCUCAAGUUCCUUGCCUUCAGUCGGUUCCAGCGAAGAAGAAGAAGCAGCAGCAGAAGAAGGAGGCGGCCUCGUGCUUCUUGUGUGGAAGAGAAAGGGCCCAUGGGCUCCAAUAGGGCCUCCUUGCGGAAUGGUGUUUUAUCCCACCUGGAGAAUUUGGAGGCUGCUGCCCACGAAAUAGCACUGAAACGAGGAGAACUGAAGAAACAAGAGGAGGACAUGGCUAGGAUGAAACAGAGGCUAUUGAAGCUGAGGCAUCAAAGGGAUGAGCUGAGGACCAAACUCAGUGUGUUUCGUUCUCAGCUCAUUGCAGGCAGAGACACCACAAACAUUGACUCCAAUGCUACAGAAGCUGGCCAGCAAGCCCUCUUGCAGUGGAAGAUGGAGACUCUCAAGGGCCUGCUGCAGGUUUUUCAUCUGACAGGCCUCAGUGGAAGGCUGACCACACAAGGCGCCUGCCUGUGCAUCAGCACUGCUUUUGAAGGCACCUACCUGGAGUCCUAUUACUUGGACCUCCUUAUCCAGCAGCCAGUCAAAAUCCAGCGCCACUCCAUUCCGCCCUUCAUCCCCUUGGAGCAAAUUGCUCAGAAGUAUCUGCACACAGAUAUCAAGCGCUUCCUGUCUGUCUUGUCAAAUCACCUGAAUGCUUCUGCUGGGAGGAAAUUCCAGGCACAUCAGUUACAGGAGCAUUUUGCUGAUUUCCUUGAAGGUCCCUUGCAGGAAAACUCCUUGUGCAGUUUGCUGGAAUUCAACUACCGUCUGGUGAGAGAAAGUGAGACUUUUCCAUUCACAGCCAAGCUCACUUAUGGGGAUCCUACAAGCACCCUCCCAACGGAAGCCACUGUCACUUGUAAAGAAGAUGCCCCGGCUUCUUUGGCAGAGGUGGCAGCAGAUCAUAUGGCCUUGUUUCGCGAGAAACCUCUUCCUAAGGUCUUCAGUGCCAUCACAGCCUCCACAGAAACUCUGAGCCAGUCCGUUUCGAUGGAUUCCCCUGUCCCCUCCAGCGCUGUGCCUUUUGGAGGGAGAUGUCCUUCUGAGGCUGCUCCAGAGUGAAGUCUUUCCAGGCAGCGACAUCGAGAGGAAUGUUGGAGCACUCCAGAGCAGUUGUUUCCAAAAAACACCACAACCCACCUCUCCAUGGCAUUUGCUGCAGGAGAAUCAAGCUUCCAAGGCCGAAGUUCACUACUCAGUGAAAAAAAAACACUUUCAAAAUUCCACAAUAAAACUGAAGAGCAGUGGAAGCAAAUCCUCAUGAAACCUGGCUAGCAAUCUAGCUGAGUCAGUCACUGAGUAAGGACAGGGUAGGGUUGCCUGCCUUCCUGCUUUUCAGUCCACACUGAAUAAUUUCAGGAGCACUUCUUGCCAUGCAUCUGGGUGGGCAUCUUCCCUACUACAGUUACCAUGGAAGGGACUGAAGUAUUCAUGAAAGCAGCAUUCACCUUGUACGCUGCUCUUGCUUUGCUACUGAGAUUAUUCUCUUGUGUGCUGGUUCUCCAGGACUGAGGAUGGCAAAACAGGACUUCCUUUCCCCAGAGGAUUGGCCUUGAACUGACCCAGGCAGCACCAUAAAAGCAUCCUAAAUAUCUAAUGCAUAUAAAAAAAGCAUCCUAAAUGUGUGGUGCAUAUAUUUAGGAGGCAAAAUAUUCAACCCAUUAGAACGUGGGAUGAAUAUUCUGCCUCCUAAAUAUACACAUCAUGAUUUUCACAAUACUGCUUACAAAAUUUCUCAUAUGAAAGAUCAAAGCUUGCUUAGCUGGAAUGAAGGACAUACAAGACUUUACAGUGUUGUAAUAUGUCAAAGUUCUGCUGCUUAUUGUCAAAUUUGUCUCAUUUCAAAAAGUUAAUAAAGGGGGAACAAUGUUGAAAAGUUUGCUGUUGCUUUCCUCCAUUGUACAUAUCUUUAUUAGUUUUGCCAUUUUCAAUUUAUUCCUCUUAUUCCUGUACGUAAAUAUUUUCUUCAGUGGUAGGAACUGUGGGAAGACACUACUGAGAUUUUUGCCACUGUUAAGAGACUCUUUAUCAGAACAUAAUGUUUUGUGUGUCUUCCUAGACUAUCCCAGAGAUUCUCAAUAGUCUGUAUGAGUGACUUAAUUGUAUCUUUUUAGGAGAGUCCCUUAAGAUAGUUCAAGGCUGGAAUAGAGCAGACAGGACCCUACCAGCAGCCCUUUCUUUGGGCAAGUCAGGUCAGGCUGCCUUUUUACUACUGCAGCUGCAGGAUAACUGGCUACAGGGAAGUUUAAGGUGUUAAACCAUGAGGAUGCUAAGAACGUUUUGACCUUAUUUUCAUUAGAACAACUUCAUACAUUUCUUAACCCAUUCCUCAGAUCAAACAAUCAGAAUGAUGACUGCAGUCAACAAAUCACAAGAAGAUCACAAGGGUUGCCAGAAGGCAGAAAUGACUUGAAGUCACGCAACAACAAGGGCAGGAAACAGUUUUUUUUGUUGGUGGUGGUCUCUUACUUGUGCAGUGAUAGUGCUAGAUAUAUAAAUGAUCAUCGUCAUCUAGCAUGUACACAACUGGUGGAGUGGAUAUUUGCUUGUUCUCUUGAGUUUGAAUUUGGCAAUGUGGGUGGGCAGGAGCUGCUUUUAUUAGGUACUAUACUCAUGGGCUUGAUGCUCAUGAGCUGACUACUGUUUUGUUACUCUUGUCACAUUUGGGCCAGUAAACUUGUCAAGUCCUUCAGUUUUACAUCUUAUUUUUUUUCAUUCUCCUCUGUUAAUAACUUGUUCCAUCCCAGAGUUAAUUGUCCUGCUGUUUCAUUUCAUUUAGCAGUGCCAAUGAAUUCUCACAAAAUAAACACCUUCACUAAAUAAAAUUAACUUGUUACUGCUAA